AUGUUCAACCAAUUCAAAUCGACCACAGUGUUUAAUAGCAUAUUUGGGUCUUUUAGAAGAUUCAAGCAUGAAUAUGCUCCUAGAUUUAAAGAAGUGGAAAAGGCCCAAAAGGGAAGGGUGUCAGUUAGAACUGGUGGUUCAAUUAAAGGAAAUUCAUUAGAAUUUGGCAAAAUAGGAUUGAGAUUAAAAUCCCAAGGUAUCAGAAUGCAUGCUAAUCAACUUCAGGCAGCUGAUAAAGUUUUAAGAAGAGAAUUAAGACCCACCAAAUCGAAAUUAUAUACAAGAUUUGUGUGUGACUUGGCUGUGUGCAUCAAGGGUAACCAAACAAGAAUGGGUAAAGGUAAAGGUGCGUUUGACCACUGGGCAACUAGAAUGCCAACAGGUAAAGUUUUGUUCGAAAUCGAUGGACCAAUACAUGACAAGGUGGCUAGAGAUGCAUUGAGAAAAGCUGCUGAUAAAUUACCCGGGUUGUACGAAAUUAUUACACCGGAAUCUAAAGUUAGAGUGAGUUUGACUCACUUGAUUGAUAAACCAGAACCAGUGGAUUAUGUCGAAAAACUUAAUGCCAAACCCACAAAGAAAUGGGCAAAUGUCCAGGCAUAUCACACUGAUCCAAUGUAUAAACAAUACAGUGGAAGAUGA